UUUUACGUCUCCAAAUUUGUGUGAAAGUUAAAUUUUGAAGCUAAUCCAAAAAUUAAAUUUUGUAUCUAAAUAAACUUACAAAAAUGGAUUUAAAUAAUAAAAAUCCAGCAAAUUUAUACCCCGAGGAAGACGGGACAAGAGUAUUAGUGCGAGAUCGUCCGCCUGGAAAAUAUUUUAUUGGUUAGUGUAAAAAUAAAAUCAUUUUAAGUAGAAUCAUCUUAUGGGUUUGCAUAUCAAUAGUAAUUACAGAUAAAUAUCGUAGCGGGUGGUUUUGGUGGACUAUGUACAACUUUGUGUGGACAUCCUUUGGAUACUAUAAAAGUAAGAAUGCAAUCUAAGCCAAGUGAGUAUAGAAAUACUUGGGAUGCGAUGUUCAAAAUAAUUCACCAAGAAGGACCUUCAGGAUUAUACAAAGGCAUGAUGGUACCUUUAGUAGGAAUAGUCCCAAUAUUCGGAUUGAGUUUUUUUAGCUUCAGUUUAGGGAAGAAAUUAGUAGCAAAGCCGAACCAACGCAAGGAAGACUUGACAGCAACUCAAUUAUUUCUGGCGGGAAUGUUCAGCGGACUUGCUACCAUUCCGUUGAGCGUGCCAGGAGAACGUGUCAAGUGCUUACUGCAAAUGCAAAUUGGCAAAAAAAAAUUAUUCCAUGGAUUUAUGGACUGCGCUCUGAAACUUUAUCGUAACGGCGGUGUAAAAAAUCUUUAUGUAGGCACUAGUGCAACAAUAUUGCGUGACCUACCCGCAAGUGGAGUAUAUUUCAGUGUUUACGAUAUUCUAAUGAGAUUAUUCGCUAAUCAUUUUAAAGAAACAUUGAUGUGGCACUCAAUAUUUGCCGGAGGAUUUGCUGGGAUGAUUAACUGGGUCGUUGCUAUGCCUGCAGAUGUACUCAAGUCUCGAUUGCAAACCUCAUCAAUGGAUGAAUAUCCACGUGGCAUGAGAUCUUUGCUUCCUAAAAUUUUACGUCAAGAAGGACCUUGGGCACUUUAUCGAGGAGUUGUACCAAUUAUGAUUCGCGCGAUUCCUGCUAAUGCAACUUGUUUUUUUGGGAUUGAAGUAGCUAUGAAAAUUCUUGACUCAUACUUUCCUUAAUUCCAGUUCAAAUUAUUAAGUUAUGAAUGAUUUUUACUAAUAAACAUUUAGACACACGCUUUAAACUGUAU